GCGACCGCUCAAGCAUCCAAGGACUAGUACGAGUUUGUCACCUGCAUUCGAUUUCGAGGGUGGAGCUCAACUAACACUGAAAGUUCACUGUUUCUUAAACUCAAGAAGCCCGUGUAUCUUACGUUCUUUAGAAACCGAUUAUUAUUAUAUAAAAUUUUGUCUCAUCCGUCUUCAGGUGGCCUCCAGCCAACCAGAAAGAUUUCUGCCAUGGGUAGUGGAGAAUCUUCUGGCCCCGAUUUCCUCAUCAAUCAAUCAACACACACCUGCCUGACAGUGAUCAGUGGAUCAGAUGCCCGCGACGCUGUGAUUGGCAUGUCAAAAUGCACAGGCGGAAUCAAGCAGCAGUGGUUCGCCAAAAAUAACCAGUGGCACUGGGGAGGAAACCAGGCUCUCUGUCUUUCCAGAGACAAGUCUGGAAAGUUGUGUCUUGCACCUCAGAACACAGUGUCGCAAUCAUGGGUCCACGAUGAGCAAGACAGGCUGGCCUUGGGGUCAGAGGCACUUGAUGUGCCCUGGGAAAGCCCAAGAACUCAAAUUAUCUUUUACCCCAAGCACUCGGGGAUCAACCAGAAGUGGUGGACAUUUUCUAAGCUGAAAUCUUGUUUGGCUGACAAACAGCUGACAGGUGAACAUUGCUUGGCCCCGCCAGUCUUGCAGAUUUGCAAAAAGGAGAUUAGUCGUUGUUCUGCAGUUAAAAAUAACAAUUCAGAAACCUGCAGUGAAUGUAACUGCCAAGUGGGCAAAGACUUCCUCAUGUUAUCUCAUUCAGGGGAGGUGAUACCCAAUGUAGGAAGCACUGGCAACCCGGAAUAUCUCGUCAGUCAGAGUACACUCACCUGCUUAACUGUCUUGAGUGGCACAGGCCCCAGUGAUGCUACAAUUGGACUAGCACCAUUCAGUGGCACCAUUAAUCAGCAAUGGUUCAUCCAGGAUUCAACUUGGAUUUGGGCUGGAAAUCGUUCCUGUUGCCUUGCUCAAGACAGGAAACAGGGCACCUUAGUGCUAGGGGCAGUUGGCAGCAGCAAAGCCACGUGGAAUCUCGAUGACCAAGGGAUGAUGGAGACCAACUCACAGGUUCUAGAUGUACCAUGGGAGAAACCAAGAACUCGUGUUAUUCUCUACCCGAAGCAUGGCGGCGUAAACCAGAAAUGGUGGAAGCUCUCCCAAGUCAAAUCGAUUCUUCAGAAGUCUCCAGAGAUGAAAACCUCUUAUCCUGCACCUUUAGUAAACAUGGCCGACAGGAUAACAGUUCAGAACCAGAGUUGUCAGUGCAAGGAGAAAUCUCGUACCAGAGUGGAAUUGAAAGCUAGUGCUGCUUUUGAGGAACCAGAAUAUCUUAUCAGCCAGAGCACGCACACGUGCUUAACAGUGCUCAAUGGUACAGGUCUAAAGGACGCCAGCAUUGGUUUAGCCCCCUACACCGGUAAUGCAAGACAACAGUGGUUUGUGAAAGAUGGAAUCUGGGAAUGGGGUCUGGACCGAUCUUAUUGCCUAGCUCCUGACUUGCAGAAAGGUGGAUUAAAACUUGCACUAAAGAACUCACAUGCAUCAUGGACUAUAGAUAAAGAUGGACUGUUUAUGAAUGGCCCUCAUGCCUUGGAUGUGCCUUGGGAAGGAACAAGAACAAAGGUUAUUUUGUAUGCAAAACAUGGUGGCAUCAAUCAGAGGUGGUGGUGUAUGUCAAGUCUCAAGUCGUGCGUUGGUUGCAAAAUGUAUCCGCUAUCUGCAUCAGAUGAAAACACCUUCAAAGAUGAAGUGGCACGGGGUAUAGUCAACCGCCUAUGUCCUCUGACGGAACCUUUACCUCAUCCGAGGGAUAUUGAUCACUAUCCAGGAACUGUUGCACCGGGAACUCCAAGAAAAACUCUGAUGUGUACCCUAAUUGUUGGAACCGUACAGCAGCGUAGUAACCUUCGUAUGACAGUUCCUGAAGACUGGCAGGCUACCAAUAUGUAUGUAGUUGCAGGUGAUAUAUUCACUAUCACAUUGCCAAAUAUAACUGAAAAGCAGGCUGAACAAAUCACAGUUAGAGUUGGAGCUCACCGAGACUGUCUUAAUCCUACAUCACCCAAUCUGCAAAAGGGUUUCUUUAAACGCAUGCCAGUUGUGUCUGAGGAAUUUGACCUUAAUCCAGGUGUCAAUCGUCUGCGUAGCCAGUUUGGAGGUAACCUUAUCUUUACGUACGAAGGAAAAGAGAGAUUUAAUGUCAUGGCUGAAGUGAAAAAUAUUGUUGAAACACCUCAUUAUAUUCUUGGUAAGUCGAACAGCACGGACUGGAAAAAAAUGAAAGAUCUAGAUGCACCAUUUUCAGUUCUUGAAACUGACAAAGUUGUGCUGAUAGCUCCAACUUCUGAAGCAAGAGGCAUUGUGGAUAUUGAUGGUUUACUCCGCAGAUAUGAUGACAUCAUGACAAAACUAGAAGACCUCUCAGGCUUUACUGAAAGUGACCCACCACCCCAGGGUAAACAGUGGAUGGUUGAUGAUGUUCAGAUAACUGCUGGAAGUGCACAUGCAGGAUUCCCAGCAAUGUUUGAUCACGAGUAUUAUGACCUGACUUCACCCAAAACACCACAUGACUGGGUUGUCUGGCAUGAGCUUGGGCACAACUACCAGCAAGGCCCAUACUGGUCCUAUGCCUAUGGGAGUGAGUCUACUGUGAAUUUGUUCUCUCUUUAUAUCGAAGAGAAGCUGAAAGCAGACGACCGCUUGAAGAGGGAGAACAGGUACUUACCAACAGCCCAAGCAGUCGACAAGGGACUGACAUUUGAACAAGCCGACUGCUGGCAAAUGUUAGUUUUCCUGAUGGAAAUAAAACAUUCAUUUCCGAGUCAUGGGUGGGAGAUGUAUCGGCACUUGAAUCGCACCGUCCGGGCCCUGUCAGAGCAUGAUGCUGCUGUGCUGAAGAAAAACCGUCAGAACCAGUACGACUACGUUUAUGUUACGCUUAGCCGUUUCAUUGGUACUGAUUUGCUACCUCACUACCAAAGGUGGUCUUUGCCAGUUUCUGAAAAGGCACAGAAUGAGGUGAAAUCUCUGGGAUUACCUAAAGCUCCUCAGAAUAUGUCUGCUAGCAGCAAUCCAGAGAAGUGCAUAAUCUCUUAAUGUAAACGGUGAUUUGAAGGUUUGCCUGCAGAUGUAAAUGUUUGGCAAUCAGAAUCAGGGAGGUCCAUUUCAUUUGCAUUAAUAUUUACUUUUAUUAUUUUCUGAUAAUUUUCGCAGAGCUGUGCCCUUCAUCUUAUA